CAGGUGUUCGAUUGCCGCUAUGUGACUUCGGCCAGUGGCAUGUUUGAGUCCAUCUGCACGCACGUCAAAUACGCUACGAAUAAAGGCAACAUCAGGUCGGCCAUAACGGUCUUUCCGCCACGCACGGAUGGCAUGCACGAUUUCCGCAUCUGGAACAACCAACUGAUCAGCUACGCAGGGUACAAGAAUGCGGACGACAGCGUCUUAGGCGACCCUCUCAACGUCGAGUUCACUGAGGUCUGCCUGCAGUUGGGCUGGAAGAAACAGACUCGGUCUCAGUUCGACGUCUUGCCUCUGGUGCUGUCAGCCAACGGCCAAGACCCAGAGUGGUUUGAUUUGCCGGCCGACCUCGUCUACGAAAUCAAAUUAACGCAUCCCAACUUCGACUGGUUCCCCGAGCUUGGUUUGCAGUGGUACGCGCUGCCCGCGGUUGCCAAUAUGCUGUUCGACUGCGGUGGCCUCCAAUUCCCCGCGGCGCCUUUCAACGGCUGGUACAUGGCGACCGAAAUCGGCGCUCGCGAUCUCGGCGAUGUCGCGCGUUAUAAUCAACUUGAGGUGGUAGCUCGUAAAAUGGGUCUAGACACACGCAGCCACGCGACGCUGUGGAAAGACAAGGCGCUCGUCGAGCUCAACCUUGCCGUGCUUCACUCUUUCCAGGUUCAGAACGUGACGAUCGUCGACCACCACACGGCGAGUGAGACGUUCAUGAAGCAUUACGAUAACGAGAUGCGCGUACGUGGAGGCUGUCCCGCUGACUGGGUCUGGAUUGUGCCUCCCAUCUCGGGCUCAGCCACCCCUGUCUUCCAUCAGGAGAUGAGCAUCUACUAUCUCAGCCCUUCGUACGAGUAUCAGGAAGCUGCCUGGAAAAGUUACGAUUGUCGCCGCAAGCGCGACGCAGCUAACCAUGACAGCAUCAGCAUGACCAAGCGCACGUUCCGCUUCAAAGAAAUCGCUCGGGCCGUUAAGUUCACCAGCAAGCUAUUCGGCAAGGCGCUGUCUAAGCGUAUCAAGGCUACGAUCUUGUACGCCACCGAGACCGGCAAGAGCGAGUCUUACGCCAACAAACUGGCCGAGAUUUUCGGCCACACCUUCAACGCGCAGGUGCACUGCAUGCAGGACUACGACCUCAUCAACAUCGAGCACGAGACCCUCGUCCUCGUCGUCACCUCUACGUUCGGCAACGGCGACCCGCCUGAGAACGGCGAGAAGUUCGCGAAGAGUCUGCAUGACAUGAAGCGGAGCAUCGCUUCUGAAGAGCAGGACGACAUUCCUCGUCGCUUUGCUCGGGACAGCUUGAACCGCAGCCUGUCGUUCAUGCGGAUGAACAGCGUCGCCGACGCCGGCACUCCAGUCCCCCAACGGCGUGCUCACCUCGCAGAAAUCUUAAUAUACAUAAGUGAUCACGUAGAGCUCUUGAGCAACGUCAGGUAUGCGGUGUUUGCGUUAGGGUCGAGCGCAUACCCCAACUUCUGCGCGUUCGGGACCUACGUGGACCAGCUGCUGGGGGACCUGGGUGGGGAGCGGCUCCUCAACCUCACCUGUGGGGAUGAACUAGCGGGGCAAGAGCAGCAGUUCAACCUCUGGGCGGGAGAAGUAUUUAAGACGGGUUGCAAGACGUUCUGCUUGGACGACGAAGGCGCCAUUCAAGACGCGACGGCGGCGCUGAAGGCAGACAGGCGCAAGAACCUCGACGUGAAGCUCAUCGAGUGCGACAACGCAACGCCGCGGCAGGUCGGCCUCGCACGCGCCCACGUCAAGAAGGGCGUGCAGACCGUGCAUGUGAUCGAGUCCAAAAACCUGCAUCCCGAAGAGUCCAACCGGCACACACAACAAAUAAUAUUUGACAUCAACGGGCGUGAAGGCGCCCCCAUGCUGCACUACAGCCCCGGCGACCACCUGGCGGUGCUGCCCUGCAACAGCAGCGACCUCGUGCAGGACGUCGUCCAGCUCCUGGCUCCUGGCCUCAACCCUGACACUCCUGUACACGUCAUGGUCAUGCGCGAGACUCAUACGCCUAAUGGUGAGCUUGACACUCCUGUGCACGUCAUGGUCAUGCGCGAGACCCAUACGCCUAAUGGUGAGCUUGACACUCCUGUGCACGUCAUGGACGCCCGCGCGUACGAGGAGUGGAAGCACAAGCGCUACCCGCACCUGCUGGAGGUGCUGCAGGAGUUCCCGAGCGUGAAGCUCCCAGCGUCGGCGCUGGUGUCGCAACUGCCGCUGCUGCAGCCUCGCUUCUACUCCAUCAGCUCCUCCCCUGCGGCACAGCCUGGCGAACUGCACCUCACCGUCGCCGUAGUCUCGUACAACACCGAGGACGGUGAAGGUCCGCUGCACUUCGGCGUUUGUUCGAACUACUUAAAAUCGCUGAAGCCUGGCGACGAAGUGCAGUGCUUCGUCAGGAAAGCCUCAAUGAUGCCUUGUGAUUAUAAUAUGUUAUAUAUUAUAACCAUAUUAUUGAUUUUUAUAGCGCCGCAGCGCGGGAAGAUUAGUCUGUACUUCGGCUGCCGCACCCGCGCGCUCGACCUGUACGCUGAAGAGAAACAGGAGAUGUUGGCUGCAGGGGUCUUGACAGACAUACACCUCGCGCUCUCAAGGGAACCUGGAGUACCAAAGAUGUACGUGCAAGACCAACUUGUAGAAAAUGGUCGGGAGAUCGUGAAAAUCUUGGAGGAGGAACAAGGUCACUUCUAUGUUUGCGGCGACUGUACCAUGGCCGAACAUGUCUUCCAGAAACUCAAGUACAUCUUCCUUCAGCACACAAAGCGCAACGAACAACAAGUUGAAAACUUUAUGCUCCAACUGAGAGACGAUAGCCGUUACCACGAGGACAUAUUCGGCAUCACGCUGCGCACUGAGGAGAUCCACAAGGAGAAGGGAGAGAGCGCCCGUAGUCGCCUACCGCUGGCCCAGACUUUGAGCGGUGGCCCCAAGUUGACUCAGGAGUGAUACACAGCCAAUCCCCAGCAGACACCACCCGAUCUUCCACUUCAAGAGGGAAACUCCGAACAUGGUGUUUGUGCAUGUGGGGCUUCGGAGGAGCAUGUACUUAGUAACCAUAGUCUGGAGACUGACGUUCCCAGCGUAAUUGACCAUGUCGUCUCUUGUCAGAAUGACGGUGUACCAGCAGGGGCCAGAACAAAAUCGUUUAGCAAUAGUGGUGAAGCGGGCCUGAAAUUACGGCGCGUAAAAAUUAAAACCAGUGCUUGUGAUCCAAGUCCCUUAAGUGUUCCAGCAGAGGUCGUAACAAUAUUAGAAUCUUCUCUUGACGAAAAUUGUAAAAACCCUAUUAGCUUGCCCAUCAAAUCUCGGUAUGCGGAUGGCUCAGGCCGAACAGUUGACACCAGCUCCUCCAUUCAGAAUGAUUUUCAGUAUGAUGGUACCACCGAUGAACCCUGCGAAAUUUACGAUAAAUUAAGACAUCUUCAGCAUGAAAUCGCAGGAAAGAAAACUUCUCCUAACGUUCGGUCGAUGAGUGCAUCUCCUCAGAUCGUUAGAUCAAAGCUUAAAGCUCCGUCAGAUCUGGAGGCUUCGAAGGAAAACGUCCACUGCAGUCUGUUAUCCCUCGGCGCCACGCCCGGCGACUGGCAAGAUAAAAAGCAGACGCAUGAAGGCAAUGGUAAGACAUCGGCUUCUGGACUCGGAUUUCCUCAAGAAUUUUGGAAGAAAGUUGAAGUACGAGCGUCUGCGUUUUUCGCGUCAUUUAGUAAAAGAAAAGAGUAGAAGUGUAACGUUGUUCGUUGCGAAUGUAAACUAUUGUUAACUUUCUUGCGGGCACUUUCAAUGUUAAUGUAUUGUUAUUAUCACAAAUGAUUGGGAAGCCGACUUACUUCCGUAUUUUGACUUCUCUAAGCACCAGUUCUACUGUUGGAAAAGGACAAUGUUAUUCGGUGUCUUUGUAUAUACACCCAAACAUUUUCUAAAAUCUUCAAUAUAUAUACCGGCUCUAUAUGAAAAUAGAAACAAUGAACGCUCAAAGUAUAAUCAGUUAAUGUUUCCUUCACUACAAUGUAUUUCAAUGGCAUCUCGUGUAAUUAUUUGAUUUACACAACAAUUUUAAUAGUAUGCUGGCAAUUUUAAGCUCGACAGAGGUUUUCAUUAAAUUUCCAUUAACAUGCGUGCAGUUUUCCUUCGAAGCUUGGACCUUAGGUUUGUCAAGCCCUUCAAGACAAUCGCAAAAAUCGCUGUGGCACAAGCCUUAAAUUUGCUUGCUAAUAUCAUUGAUUUGAAUGCAGGGUUUUUAAUGUGUGUUGUGUUGCCAAAUGAAACCGAAACUUAUUUGUGCUCGCGGUGCGAUUUUUUUAUCAAUAAAUCAAUUAACUAUAAAUGGCUUGUAGCAACCAAAGAAGCAACCAAAAAUUUGUUAAAGAGUGUGCUUAACAAUUGAUAUGACAAUAUAUAUGGUUAAGCAAUAUUUGUAGUGAUUUCAAAUCAAAAUUUUGUCUGUGUUGAAUUUUGUGUCUUACACAAAAUUAUCAAAAAUGACUACUCAAUACUUGAUGUUUAAGAAUUAUAUCAUGUUUAUGUUAAAUUUGUAUGAAUGUUUGUGCAAAAAUAAUUCGAUAUAAUUCAGGGCAAUCAGUAGCCUUAAUCGUUAAUCAGGAAUUCGCAUGUCAUUUGUUACGAAUUAUUUAUUUUAUGAUAUGAAUUAUUCGUGUUUUUUUCUCGUUUAUUCAGAAUUAUGCGUAGUGCUUCCUAGCCCAUAGUUUAUUGCAGCGCGCCAAUUAAACAAAUCCGUCGUCCUUGCUGAGGAAACAACAAUUAAAGGUGAUUGGGUUUUGCUAUAUUAAUUAGUUACUUAUAAUCUUCUGAAGUUGAUUGCCUUCUCAGCAAAGUGCUACUUAGAUUAUGUAUAUGAACAUACAUCUGCUGGACUCGUUUUACCUCUACACAUUUAGUUUUUACUCGUAUUACCCCAUGCAUCUACUUGAAUAGUGAUUAAAAGGGUCAAUAAUGGUGGUUUAGUUUUAUGCUUCCUUCAGCACUCAGAAAAAUUACAGCCUUAUUUGGUCAUUGGAGUUUUCCAGUUUCCAAAAAAGACAGUGCGCAAAGGUUUGGGUUGUUGCUUAAUUUUCAUGCUUCAGUAACCUAUGUAUACAGUAUAUAUACAGUAUAUUCAGUAACCUAUAUAUUUUAUUUUACGCUUGAAAUUUGGUCCUUGAAUGCUAGUAGACUCAUUGUUACAGUCAUUGACGAAUCAACAAAAAUACUGAAUUAAGUGAAUUGAAACUUUUUAUAUGUUGAAUAUAAUUUAAGAAAGUUAAAUGUAGUGAGAAUUGAUUAUUAACUGUACAGUAUCUUUCAAGCGGAUCAUGGAAAAUACCAGACGAAUUUUAUUGUUUAAUCUUUCAGCAUGUGAAGGUUAAGGCUCCUUUGUCUUUACUUUGAAUGUAAUUUCAAAGAUCACGAGUAUCGUAUAAAACUAUAAGGUUCUCGCGGUAAAUGCAUUCACUCAUUCUAAAGUUGUUUUCAUUUUUAUAUUGUAUGAAAUUGGAAAAAACGAGAUUCGUUAUGUAAAUUUUGAAAAUUUUAUCUCGAUAUACUUGCCUGUUUAAACAUUUUGAGCAAUUAUACUUGAUUUCAAUCUUAUAUUUUUCUUGAGAUUAAAACGUAUUCUCAGAUGUUGCAAUUUAUUUUCAAAAUUCAUUAAACAUGUUCAAGGAAGUGGAAGUCCUCCGAAUUACACAUACCACAAUACCCCGACUUAUGACUUUGCUGGCAUUUUAUCGGUAAGAUAAGUUAUGAAUAGAUACUUAAAUAUUUUUAUUGCUUCUUCACAAGUGUUUAUGCGAUAUUAUGGCAUUUAUUAAACACGUUGCAAAUGCUCUGGUUGUUGUGCGUCUCUAUAUAUGUUAUAAGCUGGAAUUUCUAACUAUAAGUCUCGGUUAUUUCACUCUCCGUAUUGUGGUUUGAUCAUCUGGUUAAUAAAUAAUGAAAUUUA